GCCUGAUUGGUGGAUUCUUCUACAGCAGAGAAAACUUCCCACACACUGAUUUUACUGAUUCCUGGACAUUUCAUUUAAUGAGGUGUUCAUACUGCAGACUGCGGGACAAAAGCAGAUCAGUUUGUGAGUGCUGGCUGGAGGAAGAAAACGUGAAAUAACAGAUCUAUCCGUGUCUUAUCCGGACAGGUGAGCCAUGCCCUCUGGUUGUGGAAGUGCAUGCUUGGAAGAUGUUUCCACAGAUGUAACUCGCGUUGAAAAGUCUUCCAGUGCGGAUGGAGAUGCUGUAACUGUGACCAGUGAUCACAGGUUAUCUGGAAGUGGGAGUGAGCUGGAGGACACAGAAGGAGCUUCAGAUCAGAGGGACUGGAUCCGCCCUGAUUUGCCCAGCAGAUGUACCUGGAGGCUGGGAGCAGCGGUUUCAGAGUCACCUCACAGCCACCCAGCACACAUCAAACCUCCCAGCAUCCUCCCCAACAUCCUGGGGAAAAUUGGACACACACCUCUGGUUCGUUUGAACAGAAUCCCAAAGGAGUUCGAGCUCAAGUGUGAUGUUUUGGCCAAGUGUGAGUUCUUCAGUGCAGGAGGCAGCAUGAAGGACCGGAUCGCUCUGCGGAUGGUGGAGGACGCUGAGAGAGCCGGGAUCCUCAAACCAAGAGACACGAUCAUCGAGCCCUCCUCUGGAAACACGGGUAUUGGCCUCGCCCUCACCGCUGCAGUGAAAGGCUACCGCUGCAUUAUUACCAUGCCUGAGAAGAUGAGCCUGGAGAAGGUGGAUGUGCUAAGAGCUCUCGGAGCAGAAGUUGUGCGCACACCUACAUCUGCAGCUUUUGAUUCUCCAGAGUCUCAUGUACGUAUGGCCUGGCAACUAAAGAAUCAGAUCCCCAACUCGCACAUCCUCGACCAGUAUCGCAACGCCAGCAACCCCCUGGCUCACUAUGACACCACAGCAGAGGAGAUACUGGAGCAGUGUGACGGUAAACUGGACAUGCUGGUGGCUGGAGCCGGUACAGGUGGUACACUCACAGGUGUUGCUCGAAAGCUGAAAGAGAGGUGCCCUAAUGUCAAGAUUGUUGGUGUGGAUCCUGAGGGCUCUGUUCUUGUUGCCCCAAAAGAAAAGAAUGAGAAGACUUCGUUUGAAGUGGAGGGCAUUGGAUACGACUUCAUCCCCACCGUGCUGGAUAAAUCUGUUGUGGACUUGUGGUACAAAUCAAGCGAUGUGGAAACGUUCACCAUGGCACGCAGACUGAUCAGAGAGGAGGGUCUUCUGUGUGGCGGAAGCUCCGGCUCUGUGAUGGCAGCAGCGGUGAAGACGGCUCAGCAGCUGGAGGAGGGACAGCGCUGUGUGGUCAUCCUGGCCGACUCCGUCCGAAACUACAUGUCAAAGUUCCUGAGUGAUCAGUGGAUGUGUGAGAAGGGUUUCCUCGGCCCGGAGGCCCCAGUCGACGUCAAACCCUGGUGGUGGGACCUGACUGUCCAGAGUCUACAUCUGUCCGUCCCUCUCACUGUGUCUCCGUCUGUGUCCUGCCAGAAAACUGUUGAGAUCCUGAAGGAGAACAGGAUCGACCAGGUUCCAGUCGUCACUGAGUCAGGUGCCAUCAUAGGGAUGGUGACUCUGGAAACCAUUUUGUCCUCUCUGUUGGCCAAUAAAGUGGAGCUUUCAGACGCUGUCAGUCUGGUGCUCUGUAAGGACUUCAGACAGGUGCAGCCGACAGACAGUCUGGGGAAACUGUCCCACAUCCUGGAAACUGACAGCUUUGCCCUGGUGGUGUUUGAUCACACCCAGUAUGUGACCGAUGGUUCGGCUCGUCGGAGGCAGACGGUGUUUGGUGUCGUGACGGCGAUCGACCUGCUCAGCUACAUCACCACACAAGAGGAUCGCUCGUCUUCUAAAUGCUCGCUGUCAGACAACGAGUCUCUGUGACUGUUUCCUGUCAGAGGCAGAACGUGAUCACCUGUAGUUUAGGCUACAUCACAAAAUCAAUUUUAAACAAGAAGACAAUCCUUUAUUGCUCCCCACACCAGAGUAAGUUUAGAGUUACAACAGAAACAAACGUAUAAUAUUUGGGUUGAUAUAUAAUUGAGGGACUUUUGAAGUUCAUGGGAUAUAUCUUGCAUACAUUUUUAUUAAGUUUAAAAAAAAAAGUUUUUUAUGUUAAUUGUGAUAAUGUCUUUACAAAUUCCAUCAUUAUUUAUUAUGGAAACAAUCACUUAAAAAAUGAGUGGAUAUCACUAAAAUGGCAAUUAAAUAACCAUCCAACAAUUUUUCUUUAUCAUCAGACAGUGAUGCUGAUGUUGCAAAGUCUUACAGCAGAUAACCUUUAACUUAUCAAUAAGUUAUUUUUUAUCUUCAUCUACAAAUCUUUUGAUGACAGCUGCUGUCAUACUGCCACUAACCUUUUGAUUCAUUUAAUGUUUGCCGUUUUAGGAAAUUUUGAACUUUUUUUCUUUGAAAAUUCUCAUUUUUUUACAAUGUAAACACCUUGACAGUAGAACGAAAUAGAAAAACAUCAGCUGCAUUCUUUAAAGAAUUCAUCUGUACAGUAUCAUUCUAUGUUGUUUAAAUUUUUGUGAUUCACACGUGUUUAACACUGUUUUUAGCUCGUAGCUCUACAUGCAAAGUAAUAUCUUAAAUUGAACGUCCGUUUACUGACUCUUUCUGACUGGAUUUUAGUAUCAGAUGUGGAUGUUCUUCUGGAGCUUUCUCAGGUCUUCCUCUGUGACUUUGAGUGUUUCUAGGCUAAUGCAGUGACUGCUAUAUAGUUUAUGACCACCUGAGCUUCAUACUUGAACAAAGACAAUGAGUGAACAUCCCUGUAAGAACAAAUGAAGGCUGUGAAAUGUGCAUGAAAACAGUCUCUUUCUUAAGGAACAGUGAUAAAGCAAAAGUCUGUCUCUUUGAGUUCAUAAAAUACAUAUAUAAAAAAACACCAUGUGGACAUUUACAGAGGUAAAAAUAUUGAUUUUCACCAGAGGGGGUCUUUAAUAUUUACAAGGCUUAGCGCUCUCUGGUGUGUCAAGUAAAAUGCACAGACGAGUCUUCUAACUGAAAAUAUGGUGCUUUACAGCUGUGGCCUUGUCUUGGCUCUCCGUGGAUGUUCAGCAGCUCCUUAUGUUUUAUGAAUUUACUGGAAUCAUUUUGACUCAAUAGAACCUUUGAUGAUUUCCUGCUGCUCAGUACAGGCAGGCAGAUAAAAGCCUCCAUCUAGCGGCUGAAAAUAUCAAAUCAGGCAACUACACUGGAGUAUUUCGGCUCUGCGUUUUAUUCGAUGCCACAGUCUUCUUUGGUCUUGCCUGGGGACCAGACAGCCUUUAUAUUGUGUAUUAUAAAUACACAUAAAGUCAGUCUGGAACUGCUCCAUUGAACCAAAUCUAGCCCAGAGGCGGGACUACCGAUCACAGCUUGAAUUGGAGAGAGCCAAUCAGCGUAACACAUGUGUGACGCAAUCACUAAGCGACCUAACAAUUGCCUUUCCGCCAUGAUGUUUUGUAGUUUUAACAGCUUCCUUCGCCGUACAGGGGUCCUGAGGAAAAUCUAAGCUCUCCCUUUCAACAGUGGAGGGCAGCAUUAUGCAUUCUAUCGUACAGCCUGCCGGAAUUAAAAAUACAUCCUUUUUAAAAAGAAAAGCUUUAAGAGCUGCUUCUUGUUGAGGUUUUAAGGACAAAUUCAGCCCGAGCAAAACAGAGGAAAGCGCACGAGAGAAACCUCGCUCUGUUGCGGUCGCAUCGUUAACUCCCGCCUCUGGUGCUCUGAUUGGUUCGGUCUGAUCUGCUCGGAGCUUGAAAACCUGUCAAAAUGUGUCAAUGGAGGAGGGCUAGACCGUAUUUCCGUAUAUCCCUUAUAACGGGAAUACAGUCUAGCUAAGCUAGGCUAUCUUUGGUCUACAACUGUUGCAGAAAAAUAAACUGAAAAGUCUGUUUAA